AUGAGCAAUACUGUUUGUCACAGCUAUCUAGAACCUUCUUUCCGCAAUUUUGUAAAAGCUUUAUUAUACUUGGCAGUAAUUUCAGUGUUCAUGAGGGCAAGUAUUGCUGCUGGGCCAUCACCUGUAACAACAACCACCACACCAAAUUACUUGCAAUAUGACAAUGCUCUAACGACGACGACAACAACAACAGAACCAUUUCAACUGAUAGGAGAUGCUAAUAAUUCGGCAGGCGUUUUCGGUGUGGUGUUGGCUAGCGCUGCUGCUUUAUUGAAUGGUUUAGCAUAA